CUGGGGCGCUCAGUCUGUGGAAUCCAGUUGACAGCUGGCACUCCUCCCCUACCCACUGGGGGCUCUUUUGGGAAAAAAAACGGCCUGACCGGGGCGCCCCGCCAUCCUCCCCGGGUACCCCACCGCUCUCGGCUGGAGGCGCAGCACCUUGGAGAGAGGCGCCUGGCCCUGCGCCUGGGCUGGGGGCGCUCUACCUGGCGCCCUGGGGGUCAGGGGCGCGUGCCGGGCCGCCGCCGAGGGGCCCUGUCCGCCUCUGCCCAGCCUGGAGCCCAGGCGAGCCAGCGCGACGAGCCUCCUCCCCUCCCGCCUCGGGCGUCCUGAGCCCGCGCCCGCUCCAGUUGCUGCAGCUGCUGCUGCUGGCGGCUGCGGGGAGCGCGGGGCGCGCGCCGAAGAGGCUCGGGCGGCGAGGACGGGGACGAGAAGGAGUCGGAGGCGGCGAGGAGGAAGAGCGAGCGGAGGCCGAGGGGCUCAGCGGCGUGGCGACAGGACUCGGGGGUCCGGGGAGCAUGGGCUAGCAGGCGGUCACGGCCCGGCGGCCGGACGCGGUGAACCUGCUGCGGCCGGGCGCGCACUGGGGCGGGGAGCCGGAGCCGAGCGCAGCCGGGAGAGGAGGGCUGGCGCGGGGGCGCCAGGGCGGAGGGGGCCGAUUAUCCAUUAUUAACGAGUUGUCGCCUAAUAAGCAGAGAGCGGCUCGUUAGCCGCGCAGGAGGCGCGCGGGGAAGGGGGGUCCCCGGCCGAGCGCAGCGCACACCCGUGGCGCACGGCGGGCGGCGCGGCGCCGAGGACACCCGGGCCCGCGCGCGGAGCCGGGGCGGGCCCGGGGGCGGCACAGACCCCGGGCGCGGGAGGCCCGCGGCGCCCCCUGGGUCUUGGAGCUCGGGGCCAGCGCAGCCCGGGGCUAGCGCGGCGCGGGCCGGGGAGGGGGAGCUGCCAGCGCUCUCCAUCCCCCUCCCCCCCGGGCGGGCCGGCGGCCGGGGGGAGGGCUGGCGGCGUCGGCUCGCUGUAUAUAUCUCGGCGCACCCCGCCAGGUCGCGCACAGCGCCCCGAGCCCAGGCGCCUCCCCGCCCCCCUCCCGCGCUCCGCGGCGGCGGCGGCGGCAGCAGUAGCAGCAAUAUGGCUGUUGAUGGGUGUUUGGGGUGGCGCUGGCGGCGGGAGGAGCUCCCCCGAGCCCCUGCGCUGGCUGCCCGUUGCUAGCUAUGGCAAAUGGUGGCGGCGGCGGCGGCGGCAGCAGCGGCGGCGGCGGCGGCGGCGGAGGCAGCAGUCUUAGAAUGAGUAGCAAUAUCCACGCGAACCAUCUCAGCCUAGACGCGUCCUCCUCCUCCUCUUCCUCUUCUUCUUCUUCCUCCUCCUCUUCCUCCUCGUCCUCGGUCCACGAGCCCAAGAUGGAUGCGCUCAUCAUCCCGGUGACCAUGGAGGUGCCGUGCGACAGCCGGGGCCAACGCAUGUGGUGGGCUUUCCUGGCCUCCUCCAUGGUUACUUUCUUCGGGGGCCUCUUCAUCAUCUUGCUCUGGCGGACGCUCAAGUACCUGUGGACCGUGUGCUGCCACUGCGGGGGCAAGACCAAGGAGGCCCAGAAGAUUAACAAUGGCUCAAGCCAGGCGGAUGGCACUCUCAAACCAGUGGAUGAAAAAGAGGAGGCAGUGGCCGCCGAGGUCGGCUGGAUGACCUCCGUGAAGGACUGGGCGGGGGUGAUGAUAUCCGCCCAGACACUGACUGGCAGAGUCCUGGUUGUCUUAGUCUUUGCUCUCAGCAUCGGUGCACUUGUAAUAUACUUCAUAGAUUCGUCAAACCCAAUAGAAUCCUGCCAGAAUUUCUACAAAGAUUUCACAUUACAGAUCGACAUGGCUUUCAACGUGUUCUUCCUUCUCUACUUUGGCUUGCGGUUUAUUGCAGCCAAUGAUAAGCUGUGGUUCUGGCUGGAAGUGAACUCUGUAGUGGAUUUCUUCACGGUGCCUCCCGUGUUUGUGUCUGUGUACUUAAACAGAAGUUGGCUUGGUUUGAGAUUUUUAAGAGCUCUGAGACUGAUACAGUUUUCAGAAAUUUUGCAGUUUCUGAAUAUUCUUAAAACAAGUAAUUCCAUCAAGCUGGUGAAUCUGCUCUCCAUAUUUAUCAGCACGUGGCUGACUGCAGCCGGGUUCAUCCAUUUGGUGGAGAAUUCAGGGGACCCAUGGGAAAAUUUCCAAAACAACCAGGCUCUCACCUACUGGGAAUGUGUCUAUUUACUCAUGGUCACAAUGUCCACCGUUGGUUAUGGGGAUGUUUAUGCAAAAACCACGCUUGGGCGCCUCUUCAUGGUCUUCUUCAUCCUCGGGGGACUGGCCAUGUUUGCCAGCUACGUCCCUGAAAUCAUAGAGUUAAUAGGAAACCGCAAGAAAUACGGGGGCUCCUAUAGUGCGGUUAGUGGAAGAAAGCACAUUGUGGUCUGCGGACACAUCACUCUGGAGAGUGUUUCCAACUUCCUGAAGGACUUUCUGCAUAAGGACCGGGAUGACGUCAAUGUGGAGAUCGUUUUUCUUCACAACAUCUCCCCCAACCUGGAGCUUGAAGCUCUGUUCAAACGACAUUUUACUCAGGUGGAAUUUUAUCAGGGUUCAGUCCUCAAUCCACAUGAUCUUGCAAGAGUCAAGAUAGAGUCAGCAGAUGCCUGCCUGAUCCUUGCCAACAAGUACUGCGCUGACCCGGAUGCGGAGGAUGCCUCGAACAUCAUGAGAGUAAUCUCCAUAAAGAACUACCAUCCGAAGAUAAGAAUCAUCACUCAAAUGCUGCAGUAUCACAACAAGGCCCAUCUGCUAAACAUCCCGAGCUGGAAUUGGAAAGAAGGUGAUGACGCAAUCUGCCUCGCAGAGCUGAAGUUGGGCUUCAUAGCCCAGAGCUGCCUGGCUCAAGGCCUCUCCACCAUGCUUGCCAACCUCUUCUCCAUGAGGUCAUUCAUAAAGAUUGAGGAAGACACGUGGCAGAAAUACUACUUGGAAGGAGUCUCAAAUGAAAUGUACACAGAAUAUCUCUCCAGUGCCUUCGUGGGUCUGUCCUUCCCUACUGUUUGUGAGCUGUGUUUUGUGAAGCUCAAGCUCCUAAUGAUAGCCAUUGAGUACAAGUCUGCCAACCGAGAGAGCCGAAGCCGAAAGCGUAUAUUAAUUAAUCCUGGAAACCAUCUUAAGAUCCAAGAAGGUACUUUAGGAUUUUUCAUCGCAAGUGAUGCCAAAGAAGUUAAAAGGGCAUUUUUUUACUGCAAGGCCUGUCAUGAUGACAUCACAGAUCCCAAAAGAAUAAAAAAAUGUGGCUGCAAACGGCCCAAGAUGUCCAUCUACAAGAGAAUGAGACGGGCAUGUUGUUUUGAUUGCGGACGUUCUGAGCGUGACUGCUCGUGCAUGUCAGGCCGUGUGCGUGGUAACGUGGACACCCUUGAGAGAGCCUUCCCACUUUCUUCUGUCUCUGUUAAUGAUUGCUCCACCAGUUUCCGUGCCUUUGAAGAUGAGCAGCCGUCAACGCUAUCACCAAAAAAAAAGCAAAGGAAUGGAGGCAUGCGGAACUCACCCAACUCCUCGCCUAAGCUGAUGAGGCAUGACCCCUUGUUAAUUCCUGGCAAUGACCAGAUUGACAACAUGGACUCCAAUGUGAAGAAGUACGACUCUACUGGGAUGUUUCAUUGGUGCGCGCCCAAGGAGAUAGAGAAGGUCAUCCUGACUCGAAGUGAAGCCGCCAUGACCGUCCUGAGUGGCCAUGUCGUGGUCUGCAUCUUUGGCGAUGUCAGCUCAGCCCUGAUUGGCCUUCGGAACCUGGUGAUGCCGCUCCGUGCCAGCAACUUUCAUUACCAUGAGCUCAAGCACAUUGUGUUUGUGGGCUCUAUUGAGUACCUCAAGCGGGAAUGGGAGACGCUUCAUAACUUCCCCAAAGUGUCCAUAUUGCCUGGUACACCAUUAAGUCGGGCUGAUUUAAGGGCUGUCAACAUCAACCUCUGUGACAUGUGCGUUAUCCUGUCAGCCAAUCAGAAUAAUAUUGAUGAUACUUCGCUGCAGGACAAGGAAUGCAUCUUGGCGUCACUCAACAUCAAAUCUAUGCAGUUUGAUGACAGCAUCGGGGUCUUGCAGGCUAAUUCCCAAGGGUUCACACCUCCAGGAAUGGAUAGAUCCUCUCCAGAUAACAGCCCAGUGCACGGGAUGUUACGCCAACCAUCCAUCACAACUGGGGUCAACAUCCCCAUCAUCACUGAACUAGCUAAACCGGGCAAGUUGCCUUUGGUAUCAGUCAAUCAGGAAAAAAACAGUGGGACGCACAUUCUAAUGAUAACUGAACUGGUGAAUGAUACUAAUGUUCAGUUUUUGGACCAAGAUGAUGAUGAUGACCCCGAUACAGAACUGUACCUCACGCAGCCCUUUGCCUGCGGGACAGCGUUUGCCGUCAGUGUCCUGGACUCGCUCAUGAGCGCGACAUACUUCAAUGACAAUAUCCUCACCCUGAUACGGACCCUGGUGACCGGAGGAGCCACACCGGAGCUGGAAGCUCUGAUUGCUGAGGAGAACGCCCUUAGAGGUGGCUACAGCACCCCGCAGACACUGGCCAAUAGGGACCGCUGCCGCGUGGCCCAGUUAGCUCUGCUCGAUGGGCCAUUUGCAGACUUAGGGGAUGGUGGUUGUUAUGGUGAUCUGUUCUGCAAAGCUCUGAAAACAUACAAUAUGCUUUGUUUUGGAAUUUACCGGUUGAGAGAUGCCCACCUCAGCACCCCCAGUCAGUGCACAAAGAGGUAUGUCAUCACCAACCCCCCCUACGAGUUUGAGCUCGUGCCGACGGACCUGAUCUUCUGCUUAAUGCAGUUUGACCACAACGCCGGCCAGUCCCGGGCCAGCCUGUCCCAUUCCUCCCACUCGUCACAGUCCUCCAGCAAGAAGAGCUCCUCUGUUCACUCCAUCCCAUCCACGGCAAACCGACAAAACCGGCCCAAGUCCAGGGAGUCCCGGGACAAACAGAAUGCAACAAGGAUGAAUAGAAUGGGCCAAGCAGAAAAGAAAUGGUUUACAGAUGAACCGGAUAAUGCCUAUCCCAGAAACAUUCAAAUCAAGCCCAUGAGUACCCACAUGGCUAACCAGAUCAACCAAUAUAAAUCCACAAGCAGCUUGAUUCCACCAAUCAGAGAAGUUGAAGAUGAAUGUUGACUCCCAGGAGACCAGAACUACUUUUUUAAAGCCUGACAAACUUCAUCAAUGGUGACGUGACUUUUCUUCUUACAUGCUGAAUCACUGGUGGAAACGUUAGGAUAAGCAAGAAUUGCCAGAAAAUAAAGUAGACAGAUCUUUCUCUUUGUCUGCCUUGAAUAUUGCUUCCAUGUAUUUUGGAAAAGAAAAUGAUUUCAUUUAUAAAUGAACAUACUAAAAUAGUCAUGUAUAGCCUCUAGCAUUUUAAAUUAUUUUUGUUUAUUAGAAAGAAAAUAUAUUUUUUCUUUUCUUUCCAUUGUCAAAUAUCUUCCCUAUAUCUAAACAAUGCAAACUCUAAAUGAAUAAGUGGCCAGACUCCUUAAUGUGUUUUUCUCUUCUUUCUCUCUUUUUCUUUUGAGGAGAAUGAUGGUCACCACCACAAUUAAUUGUAAUUAAUUUUAAUGAAUUAUGAAAACAAUUUUAAAAUGGCCAACGAUGUAUACAUGUAUUUUAGUAAGUCCAAAAAAGAAGACGAAGGGGACAGGUGAAUACCUGCUCCUCGCCUGGAUGGGUGUGUGUUUUGAUCUGCAUUGACACCAGCUCUUAAUAAAUGGAAACUUAUUUAUUUUCACAGUUGAAAGUCAUAUUUUUGUAGUUUUUAGUUUUCAUUCUGUAGUUCUCACCCCUUUGUUCAUAUUUUUAAAGGGAAGACCUUCUUGCUGCUUUUCUACAAUUGGCAGAUCAGGUUUGUCUGGCCAACUAAGGAUACCAGGAGGGUUGUGGGCAAGCCUGGGAUGUGGAAGCUGAGGACCAGAUGCGCACAAGGCAUUGCUCUGUUUGCUGUUCUAGUGGUGGGGACUCCUACAUGCUGUAUGCUUCUCAUUUUGUAUUUCCAAACCACCUGAGCGAGUAAUGUCAACUUCGGGAGGGUCUGGUGGACUUCCUCCCCACUCCCCAAGUCUCAGAGCUUUUAGCCUGGAAGUUUGUAAAACUGAUCAAUAGUUUUACUUUACCAUAGGCUAUGAGAGGGCAUUCAUUCUUCUCACUGAGUUUUUGUUUAAAAACCAGGAAAUUUCUACAAUCAUGGAGACGGGAUUUUAAUUUGCAUGCUCUCCUUUAUUUAGUUGCUGGGGCCAAACACGUGAACUUGUUACAACAAUUUAAAAAAUAAUAAUAACAAAAGGAAAGCAAUGAAUGCACUUCAUAUAGACUGUUAGAAAAGGCCUUUGAAAAUUACCAGCAGUGAAAUCAAAUAUAUCAUCCACUUUAAACUGCGGUCAAAAGAUUUUUCUAGCCAUCAGAUGCAAUUACAAUGUCUCAGAGCUCUGCUGUCGCUUGCAUGCUAAGUGUACAGUCUCCCGGCAACUGUUUUGUUCCAAUCAACUUAGCAAGUCUUUCAACUUUAAAAUUAUCAGUCUUUGAUAUGAUCAUCAAGGUCUCUGGAGAAGCAUGGAUGUGAUAGUGAUUUCUAUUUUCUUAAAAAAAUGUAAACUGUGGACACUUAAAGGAACCAAGCUAACCAAAGUAUCUCCCCAAAAUUUCAUGAUAUCUAGUCCAUUAACUCUUUGGACCAUGACCUGUGGUACUUAGUUAUGGUAGUGCAAAUCAGAUCAGAGCAAAGCAAUGAGAUCAUUUUGAAGACAUAUGUCCACUAAGUACUCCAAUUACCAAUGUAGGCAAAAUGAGCUUCCACCUCUGUCCACUCCCUGCAGAGCCAAUAUAGUCGUGCUUCCACCUCGUAGGCAUUGUCCUGCAGUGACUUGUCGGACUGUGGUUACUCUGUCGUCACAUUUUGUAGAAUUAGUUCUAUAAAAGUAUUGUGAAUAUAAUGUAUGUCCAAUUGGAUUGUUUAAAAACUACUUAUAAUUAAUCACUAGCCUACUCAGCAGACUAAAAUGACGUCAACGGUCUACAUUCAGGCUUGUAAACAUUUCUUGGUUUCCAACAGAAGUCAAAUGUGUUUGUGGGGAGAACCUUUUGCCAGGAUUUUGACAAUUUUCCUGAAAGCUAGGCCUUCUUUUACAUAAUGAUUUUGCACUGGGGUCACCUUAGUACAUUCACGUCAAUCCACGCUCUUCUUUCCUUCGUGAACCAUAGUGGGCUCUUCACUCCUGCUCCUAAUAACCACCUCCGAAUUUGUUAGAGCGAUUUGGUCUCCUCUGGCAGGCUGUGGUGGCCACAUAAAGGAUCUUCCAUUAGAGGGACACAGGACACAAAGCUCCAUUCCCACUACCCUCUUUUCCCUGUGUCUCCCCUACCAAGGCAAUCUGGAAGCAGAAAUGCAAACUCCAACCCCACGACACAUCCAUUGAUGCAUUUGUGGCUAGAGAUUUGAAUCUAAACUUAAAAAAAAGAAUCAUAAUAGUUAGGAUCAUCUCCUACAACAAAGGGCUCCUUGAUUCAUAAGCACCAUCCCCCCAGAAAAAACAAAACAAAUUGGUAGAAAUUCAUUUUCUUAAGUAGAGCAAUAAGUUCAUACUAUGUUGCCUUUGUAAUAAUGAAUUGUUCUGGCCUGGAAAACAAAAUGAGGCGUUUUGUUAAGGAGGUAGGAAAAUGGCUGGCUGUUGGGCCCUUUGGCAAAAGCUGGUGCCUGGUAAGUAGAAAGCGAAAUGGAAGCAAGUAAGAUUUGUGAAAUCACUGGAGGGCUCAAGCAAAUGCCAGAGAUUCUCCCUGGCUUGUUCGUACUCGUUGAGCUCUUUGGCCCUGAGUCCCAUCCAUCUCCGCUGAGACAGUCUGUCUUUCUGCCUACAUCCGCCUGAGACCAAGGAAGGUCUUCUUUAGCACAGUCCACAUUAGAGGCUCUGAUUUCCCAUCCCAGUUUAGGGCUCCAGAAAAGCCAUUCUCCCAAACUAAUGAUUCUUGGGUGCUGUGGGAAUCAAAGACUCACCAACAGGCUGUUUACAAAGCAGAAAAUAUCAUCACCAUCAUCACCUUUCUCCUUGAGAAAACUUUUUUUUUCCUCAUCAAUUUUAUAUUUUAGAAUAUCAUCUUGAACCGUUACAAAACACCUUAAAUAAAAGUGACUGUGACUAAGGCAUGUUGGAGAACAUUCCAAAACUCUUUCUUCCCAAGGGUUCUGGCACCUUAUGAUGUGCUUUGUAAAAAAUGGAAGAUUUUAAAUAAACAGGAAAUUGGAAGUGUUUGUUAGGGUUGGAUAAAGGAAAAGUGAAAAAGCAUAAGAAAUCUGGGAUAUUUUCAUGUUGAAAGGAGAAAAAGCACAAAUUCCCUAGUUACCAUUUAAUAUGAGGGUGCAAGAGCCACAUUUACAAACAACUAGCUAUGAUCUUUGAAAAUGUUUUUAAAACUCUCUGCGUCUCAGUGACUUCAUUUGUAAAUGAGAGUGAUUCAUCUAGAUGACGCUAAGGUCCCUUUCAGGUCCCAGGGGACAUGAUCUAAGUUAGGAGUGGGAACAUGGGAGCAGCUGCCUCUUCUUGGCUAAACGUUUGGAGACUAUUGUGUCCAGGGCUGGAAUAAUCGUCCUUUAUGCUGCAUCACCCAGGCAACACUCCCAGCCUUACUCACGAGUGGUGAACAUUUUCUGCUCUGGACGUAGAAUAGGUAGGUUCUUUCCUGUGCUUUUCACCUUAGAGUCUUUUUAGGUUCAAGAUGCAAAUUUCUCAUUUCGGAGAAAUAAUAGUCACCAUCACAAUUAAUUGUAAUCAAGGGAAAUGAAUUAUUAUAACGAUUUAAAAAUGGCCAGGACCUGAAUCACGUUGGUCAAAUUUCACUGCCUGUUCUAGGGUUUUCUUCUCAAUUUCAUCCCUCCUCCCCCCCGCUUUUUUUUUUUGGUUCAAGGCCCAGCUUCAGCUAAUCCCUUCAUCUCUAUUCCAUGUCUCCAAUUCCUAGUAUGUAACUAGAGGUUCAAGAGACCCCAAAUUCCUGCCAUUUUCCCCAUUUAUGUUUCCCCAUGUGGAUCUUCAGGAAGUAACCAGUCUUCCUUCUCACUUCAUUUCCUAUCCUCUGUUUAUUUGGUUGUUUUCUUUCAUUAAUAAACUAACCAUCUCUUAGCUACUUACAUUCAUAAAUGUAAUUUUAAUCUAUUGUUUUAUUGUCAAAGGGAACCUCAUUGAAGGAAGGAAAGGCGAAAUUGAGGAAUAAAGGUAGGAAGGGAGAGAAACAAAGACUAUUCAACCAUUUGACUGAGAUGUGAGCCGCCUUGACUCCUAGGAGACUAAGUAGAUCCAUUCAGCUUGAACACUGAGCUCCAGGGCAGAAUCUGUCCAUUUUCUGUUUUAUUCUUACUUGCUGCUUUUGGAAUUGCCAUGACCCUUGAAAGGAUCUUCACUAAUUAGGACUGACUCACCCUCUUUAAAAAGCAAAAGAAGCAGAAGUUACUUACAAUCUUCUGGCAAAUUACCUUUCUGCCCCUCUCCUCAUUCCCAAAAGGUAUUUUAUUUUAAUCCAGCAGAGAUGAUUUAGCAUAUAAAUCCCACGGCCAUUUGAGGAGGUGAUGAUGCUAUUUGGAUUUAUUUAUGAGAGAGUAGUAAUGAGAAAUGAUUCCUAGACAGUUUGUACUAGUUCGGUCAUAUUGGUUGUUUAAGUGCAGUCUCUUCCAAUUGGUUGUUUCCAAUAAAGUACCAGUUGUUAAUAAUUUCAAGAAUUCCAUAAAAAUAAGGAAACUUGGAAAACAUUUUAAAUUUUAUUUCUUAAGAGACCACAGAGCCUAAUUUUCAAUUUUUAUGGUAAGCUUGCUUAAAACAUAUAUAGAAAGAAGCCUAUGUGCUCAAAGACAGAGGCACCUUUAGCCCUACAAUGGUUGGAAUCUCCAUGAUAUCAUAGCCCCACAUGGAUAGAUUGGAGAAAGAAUUCUGACUUAGACCACCUGUAGCAGACUUUCCUCUUUUGACAUAUAUAUAUAUAUAUAUAUAUAUAUAUAUAUAUAUAUAUAUAUAUUUUUUUUUAUCACAGAAAGGACCUGAGACUCCUUAUCUAAAGAUAAGACAAACUUGGGGUAUACAUUAAGAAUCCAGGAAGACAGAAAAAAAGGAAAAGAUAUAAUAAGCAGUAUUUUAAAAUACCAUCAGUUAUGGGCAUGCAUCUGGUACAAAGAGUAGUUCUUUGGGUUGGAAGAAAGAAGAGUUUGCAUUGAACUGCAUGGGCUGGUAAGAAUGCAGAGGCAUAUAAUGCUUGAUGGGCUUUGGAGGCAUUUCAUUAGUAAUUGGGUGACAGGACUGGAAAGAUGUGUAAUAUGAGGGUUUUCCAGGGAGAUGGGACUUAAUGGGCCAUGAUGUAUUUGUAGGAAUGUGAUUUUAAUAGAUUGACUAUUUUGUCUACUGUGUUAAGUUUGUGUAGGGGAACUGGGGAAAACUGAGAUGCGACUUCAUGGAAGGGGCUACAAAGUACAGUCUAAAGGCCUAGAUAAAAGCUUGAAACUUGAUUUAGAAAGUCAUGAAAAGCCACUAAGAGUUUUAAGCAAAGAGUGAUGGGGCAGCAAUGGCUGUGCAUUUUUCAGGCUGAAAGUAGUGAGAUGUCAGUUCUUCCUGGAAAAUAUCGUGAGAAUGCACACAAAACUGAACAUAUUCUCAGCAGCAAGGAGUGCUAAAGGGUGCCCGCUCCAAGUCAACAAUUCACUGUGUGCAACACCCCCCUUCCUCACACAUUUGGCUUUGCUUUCUGUCACAGGACCAUCAGACGUAGAAUGUCCUGACUCUCCUGAAUUACUAGAAUGUCAGCAACAAACUCACAAAGUAGACUAGAUGGUAGGAAUGGAUACAUAAAUUUUUAAAAAUUGGCCAAUCAUACUAUUUUCUAGACAGUAAUAUAAUAAGAACAUGAGGCAGGACAUCCACAAAUUGUAGAGAAUAAUUAAUAGUCCAGAACUGCCAAAUAGGAAUUUCCAUUAUGAAAACAUCCUUGCAGCUAAUCAGGUAGCCCUUGCUUAGAAACCUGUUAGCACCCGUUAAAUAUUUGUAAAAGGAGCGGCUGGGAGAGAAAUGAGCACAAUAUAGGUACUGCCAUCAAUCAGCUUAUAAUACAACUAAAGAAAGAAAACAUGCUCAAAGCGCCAUUAGAGAAAGGGUGAGCCCUAACGACAUAGUUUCAUAUUCAAUAUGGUAGGAGAUGAAACAAGGGAGAAUUGCUGUGGUUUGAAGUGGUUCAGCAAGGUAGGAUUUCUAGAGAAAGGGGGGUUUAGGAGUUAGAUUAGUAGAGGGUCAGCAUUCCAGGUAUGAAGGCAGGAUUAUCUGGCAUGUGGCAGGGUGGGUGAUGUUCAUCAGUAACUGCUAAUUGAUAUUUACUGAGCAGCUGUUGUGUCCUCACGACUGUAAGGCUAUUAGAGGAAAAUAGCCUGCCUGCCAAACUGGGAACACAAGGCACACAUAUAUUGGAAAGAUCACGUUGCACAAAACAGGUGUUCAAUAAAUAAUUUUUUAAUAAAUGUGAACACUCAAUAACAAAUAAAUGUUACGAUCGUAAUAGUUGUAGAAGAUUGGUUGGGAUUGUAGUGACUGGAUAUGGGGCAAUGGCUGUGGGUCUAGAGUAUAUUCAUUGUGCAGUGAACACACACCUAAUCUGUCCUCAAGGACAGAACCAUGUGGAGGAAUAGGAAAACAAGAGAAGCAGGCAGGAAGGGAAGGUCGUGAGUACGACAGCUAAGAAAUGUUAUAUUGGGUUCAUCCAGAGCAGGAAAAGCUGAGAGCUGUCCAUGAGAGAAGGCCCCAUAGGCAAGACGAGUGGGACAGGGGAGUGAAGAAGUGGGCUACAACAGGCCCUGCAGAUGUGGAAGCCAAAUCCACAGAGGCACUUAGAAAGUGAGGAUCCUGGAUGAAUUAUUUUAGGGAGAAAAUAUAGGUUUAGAUCAGCUGGCAGAUAUGUUUGUAAGCUAAAGUCAUGUUUUUCAGGACUAAAAAGGAGCAAAAUAAGUAGACCUUCUUGGGACAGGAGAUCUAGGGUACUCCGGAACCAGGAAAAUGAGAAAUAAGAGGGGAAUUUUAAGAAAGAGAGGACAGAUCAUCUAUGAGGCUGGAGAUGAAAGGUGUUGGAGAUGGUGAUGUAGAAGUCAAAGGACUCACUCGAAGGACUGACUCUGCUUAUUUGUCCAUAUUCCCAGAGCUUGUCAUGAGAUCUGGCCCAGGUGGGCAGUCACUCAGCCACUAUGUGUCACUGUGGCUGCCAUGGUGGAUGGAGGCUGGACAGGUAGUGUGGCGACUGGCAGUCUUUCUGGAGGACUCAGGAGGGAGGGGUUUCAAGGUGGGCAUCACCUUUCAUGUUCCUGUCCAUGUCUGCACUGUUCUUCUUCCCUCCCUGAAUAGCACACACCCUGCACCCUUAGUUUCAGGGGUCUGAAAACAAAUGCUACGACCACACUGCUUUGGUGGCUUUUCUGAACAGGCAGUGUGAGAAGAGAUGUUCUGGCCAGGUGAAAGUGGACUUUAUCUUUAGGUAGGUUUUUCAGUUUAGAAAGGUUUCCUUUGCUUAUCCCUUGAGGACUUCUGUGCUGCCUCUUCUCCUGCAUCUUGCUAGUUAACAGAACAGGGGCAGAAGUGACACCAAUGCUCUUGGCCUUGCCUGCCUUGGGAAGCACUACCAGGCCCCACUGUUUAGGAUGUUAGAUGGAAAUGUACACAAGGCACUGGCACACGCCUGCCAGAUUGACCCAGUGCUUCUCUCCCAUGGGACUCAGGGUCAGCAUGGGAAGGCUGCUGGCAGGGACAGGAGCCCCACCCGCAAGGUGGACCGAGCCUCACUUCCACACAAAACCAGAAUCCCAUCUGCCCCAGAGCGCUCGCUCUCCUCCCCUUCCUUCCGCUCAAUACGGUCUGACAUGCCUUUGACCAGAACUGCAAAAUUUCAAACAUAAACCCAGAUCUGUUGGGAAAUCCUAAUUAAAAACAUUCCAUUCCCAGGUGGCACAAUCACAUCCUGCCUAAAACUUCUGGCCCACAUCCCACCACCCAGAUGUUGAAAAGAAACCUUCCUCUGCGUAACACCAAAACCUGCACUUCAAGGUUUCUUUAGGAGACAAAGAAAAAAAAAGUACACACGUGCAGAGUUCAGCCUACAUGUUCAUUAAGGAAAAAGAGCGUGGCUUAUUCAUCUUUCGAUCUUUGUUGGCAUUAUGAUUAUGAUUAUGAUAAAUUACUCUGACCUGACAGGAAUUGAAGAAGAGAAUAUAUGCUGGUGCUCUGAAAUGAUCUACCCAACUCUGUCAUCUGUAACAACCAGUGAUAACUCUCUUGUCUUGUAAAAAGGGUUUGUACAUAACUUGUACAUGGUUUCAUUUUGUAUUUUUCGCAGAUUAAAAAUUUAUGUAUUUGUGUUCUAAAA